CCAAAUCUCGUGAAAUCCUUGGCCUCUCUAUCGUGUUUUCUUCUCUUCCUCCUGAAACCCUUGAUGUAUCCUCUGCGGCUGUGCAAGAGCAAACUCUCUUUCUCUGUUAUCUUCCUCUGCGAACUACAGUCGUCUUCCUCUACGAUAACAAUGGACUCACUUCUCUGCGAAAACAAACUUCUCUUCUUUCUACUUUUCUUUGCUCUAUCGCCAUGGUAAUUCAUGAUUGUGAGUUUUCCCCAGAAAUAAGAUAUGCUUCAAAUUGGUUUUGGUGUUUAAAUUCUUAAAUUGGUUCAUAUAGGUUUCUUAAAUCAAAAUCUGAUUUUAUUGUUUUCUUAAAUCGCGUUGGCUUUUCUCAUGACUUGUGAUAGUUUUCUUUAUUGUACUCCCUUUGUCGCCGGAAGAUUUAUGGUAUUUGUCACCUGUGUGCUAGUUUUUGUGAGCCACGGUUCAUAUGUGUUUUACUCCUUGCGCAGGAUUGCUCAUGUUUGUAGUGGGUAACUGGUACAGUGGUACCCAGUGCAUUAGUAGGUUCAUUUUAACUUAAAAAGUAAAAAAAAAAAAAAAAAAAAAGAUUGGCAAACAAUUUCUACUUUUUAUAAAAGCUCUUAUUUUUAACUUUGACUUAAAAGUAGCUUUUAAGUCCAAAAUAAGUUGGCCUCAUCCAAAAAUCCUUAGAAUAUUUUAUACUUUUAUAAUUAAAAUUUGAUUUUUCAUAGCAAUAAAUAAGUGAACAUGAAAAAGAAAUAAGUAAUAGUGUAGUAUAAGAGUAACUGAAAUUCUGAGCAAAAACACACUGUGCUCAGUGCUGUGAUUUUUCACCCUCACUUCCUCCAGGUGAUUCAGUCGAGCCCAGCAACAAUGGCGCUUUCCUCAGCAUUCCAUGAACGCCUCGAACAAAUGGACCGAACUCGAAUCCAACGUCUCUCUCAACUCCAGGCCGAGAAAGAGUUGCAAGCUCACAAAUCUCGAAUCCUAGCGUCAAAGCUUGAGAAUAUCAGAACCAUGGAGCAGAGAUGCUUCCUAAUCGACCGAAAAAUCGCAUCACGGAAUUUCGAGAUUCUCACUCUGAAAUCUCAAAUUGAGAACCUCGAAGCCAAACACGAUUCGGUUUCGCAAGAAUUGAGGCCACUGCAGGAUGAGGUUGAGGUGCUUGAGGAAAUGCGCCAGAGGAAAGAUCGGUUUUACGAGGCCAAGAGAGUGGAAAUGAAGGAAUUCAAGGAAACUGCUGAUAAUUUUUUGGUGAAAUGUCAAUUGGAAGUGGAGAAUUUGAAGAAUAGAGUAAAUGAGCUGAGGUCUUCUUUCAUGGAACUUAAAAGCAACAAUGGGAACUCGAGUGAUUCCGAGAUCGCUGCUGCUGAAAUGAGAAGGAUGGAACUGCUGGCUGAGAAGGAAAGGGUGUGUAGAAACGUCGAAUCUAACCAUCAAAUAAAAGCACAGUUGCAAAAACAGCUGCAAAGUAUUCUGAUGACACAAGCACAAGAAAAGGGAAUAGAACUGAAGACUACCCAGCUAAAUUCACAAGCUCAUAGCCUCGGUAUUGGAUACUUGGAUUGCAUCUCCAUGGGAACCUCCCAGGCAGCUUUGUCUUCUUCAGUUCCUUAGUUUCUUUUCCUAGGGGCAUAGCACUUCAUUUUUACUAAGAAAGGGAAAACAAACGAAAGAACAUUCUGAUAACACGUUCCCAAUCGAUCUUAGUUAGCCUAGGUGGGUGAGCAGAAAUUAGGCAACAAAUCUUUGGUCAAGGGUUCUAAACUUGUUAGAUAUACAUAUCCAUUGCCUUGUUAAAAUAGAUAGUGGGCUGACCUAUGAAGAUCUUCCAAAAAUUCCCACCUCAACCUAAUCUUGGGUCUUGGUUACCAUAAAUUUGAAAUUAAUAUCUCCAAAUUAAAUGUAGUGUUUUUCUUGCUA